ACCCCGACCGACCCCGGCCCGGCCCGGAUCGGGGCCAGGGCCCCGCCCCCCUCCCUCCCAAUCCUAGACCGGGACCGCCGCCGCCCCCCCCCCCCCCCCGACCCUGACCGGACCUUGACCCCCGACCCCAGACCCCUACCUGACCGGCCCCGCACCUUGACCCCAGACCCUGGGCCCCGAGCCCGGAUAAGGACCCCAACCCCGACCUGGCCCAUCCCAACAUGACGGGGCUGGAGGAGGACCAGGAGUUCGACUUCGAUUUCCUUUUCGAGUUUAACCAGAGCGACGAAGGCGCCGUCGCUGCCCCAGAGCACUACAGUUAUGCACCCCCCAGCAUCAGCACCGCUCUGCCUCCCGGCUCGGCUCACCCCUCGCUGCCGGCUCUGUGCCACGACCUGCAGAGUGCCGCCCCGGGCAUGCCGGGCGCUGCGGCCGGCCAGCCCCCGGGCUACGGGGGGGCUGUGGACAGCGGGCCCUCCGGCUACCUCCUGUCCUCCAGCCACAUCCGGCCCAACGGAGCCCCCGCCCUGGAGAGCCCCCGCAUCGAGAUCACCUCGUACAUGGGACUGCACCAUGGCAACAACCAGUUCUUCCACGAUGUGGAGGUGGGAGACGUCAUUCCCAGCUCCAAGCGGCCCCCCUCGACGGCCACCCUGAAUCUGCCCAACCUGGAGGCCUACCGGGACCCCUCGUGCCUGAGCCCGGCCAGCAGCCUGUCUUCCCGCAGCUGCAACUCUGAGGCCUCGUCCUACGAGUCCAACUUUUCGUACCCCUACGCGUCCCCGCAGACGUCCCCGUGGCAGUCGCCCUGCGUGUCCCCCAAGACCACAGACCCCGAGGAGGGCUUCCCCCGCGGCCUGGGCGCCUGCGGCCUGCUGGGGUCCCCCAGACACUCGCCCUCCACUUCGCCCCGCACGAGCGUCACGGAAGAGAGCUGGCUGGGGGCCCGCACGUCCCGGCCGUCGUCCCCCUGCAACAAGAGGAAGUACGGCCUCAACGGCCGGCAGCUCUCUUGCUCCCCGCACCACUCGCCCACGCCGUCCCCGCGCAGCUCGCCGCGGGUCAGCGUCACCGACGACACCUGGCUGGGCAACAGCACGCAGUACACCAGCUCUGCCAUCGUGGCCGCCAUCAACGCCCUGAGCACCGACAGCACCCUGGAGCUGGGCGACGGCGUCCCCGUGAAGGCGCGCAAGACCGCCCUGGACCGCUGUCCCUCGGUGGCGCUCAAGGUGGAGCCGGCCGGCGAGGACCUGGGGGCCACGCCGCCCACGUCUGAGUUCCUGCCCGAGGAGGUCCCCCCCUUCCAGCACAUCCGGAAGGGCGCCUUCUGCGACCAGUACCUGUCAGUGCCGCAGCACCCCUACCAGUGGGCCAGGCCCAGGUCCCCGACAUCCUACACCAGCCCGUCCCUCCCCGCCCUGGACUGGCAGGUGCCCUCGCGCUCGGGGCCCUACGAGCUGCGGAUCGAGGUGCAGCCCAAGCCCCACCACAGAGCCCACUACGAGACGGAGGGGAGCCGCGGGGCUGUGAAGGCGUCGGCCGGAGGACACCCCAGCGUGCAGCUACACGGCUACUUGGAGAACGAGCCGCUCACGCUACAGCUGUUCAUCGGGACCGCUGACGACCGCCUGCUGAGACCCCACGCCUUCUACCAGGUGCAUCGGAUCACGGGCAAGACCGUGUCCACCACCAGUCACGAGGCCAUCCUGUCCAACACCAAAGUCCUGGAGAUCCCGCUGCUGCCGGAGAACAACAUGAGAGCCAUCGUGGACUGCGCCGGGAUCCUGAAGCUCAGAAACUCGGACAUCGAGCUGCGCAAAGGGGAGACAGACAUCGGGAGAAAGAACACCAGGGUGAGGCUGGUCUUCCGGGUCCACAUCCCGCAGCCCAACGGCCGGACGCUGUCCCUGCAAGUGGCCUCGAACCCCAUCGAGUGCUCCCAGCGGUCGGCCCAGGAGCUGCCCCUCGUGGAGAAGCAGAGCGCGGCCAGCUGCCCCGUCCUCGGCGGGAAGAAGAUGGUCCUGUCCGGCCAUAACUUUCUGCAAGACUCCAAGGUCAUUUUCGUGGAGAAAGCACCAGAUGAUGGCUUCUCGUGUCAGAAUCACGACCUUGGGAGGCGAACAUCCUGA